CGCCGCCGCCGCCGUGACAGCGGCCCGAGUAAACAAGCCGCGCCGCCGCGGCCGGGCCGCUGCCCCCGCCCGCGCCCGAGCCCAGGCCGAGCCUUGCCCUGGUCGCCGGCCGGGCCGAGGCCGCGCCGUCGCGCCUCCCCGCCUGCGCGCCGUGACGCCGCUGCCGGGCGCGGGGACCGCCCGAGCCAGGCCCCCGCCGCCGGGCUCCGCGCUCGGCCGAGGGCUGCCGAGCAGCCGCGGCCGGCGCUCGCCCGGAAAAGUUUCCCCGCCUGGGCUCCCUAGGAGCCGGCUCUCAUCCUGCCCUCCAGCCCUGCCCAUCUCGGCCCCAUGCCCCCACCAGUCAGCUCCGGGCCCCCGGCAGUGAGGAGGCACGUGGCAGCCGAGGCCCUGUGACCAGGCCAGGGAGACAGGAGCUCCGGGGUCCCAGUCAUCUGCCCCCCCAUGGAGCUGAGGCCCUGGUUGCUAUGGGUGGUAGCAGCAGCAGGAGCCUUGGUCCUGCUAGCAGCUGAUGCUCGUGGCCAAAAGGUCUUCACCAACACUUGGGCUGUGCAUAUCUCUGGAGGCCCAGCUGUGGCUGACAGCCUGGCACGGAAGCAUGGGUUCCACAACCUGGGCCAGAUCUUCGGUGACUAUUACCACUUCAGGCACAGAGCAGUGACAAAGCGGUCCCUGUCGCCUCACCGCCCGCGGCACAGCCGGCUACAGAGGGAGCCUCAAGUAAAGUGGCUGGAGCAGCAGGUCGUAAAGCGAAGGACCAAGAGGGACGUGUAUCAGGAGCCCACAGACCCCAAGUUCCCCCAGCAGUGGUACCUGUCUGGUGUCACUCAGCGAGACCUGAAUGUGAAGGAAGCCUGGGCACAGGGCUUCACAGGUCACGGCAUUGUGGUCUCCAUCCUGGACGACGGCAUCGAGAAGAAUCACCCUGACUUGGCAGGCAAUUAUGAUCCUGGAGCCAGUUUUGAUGUCAAUGACCAGGACCCUGACCCUCAGCCGCGGUACACACAGAUGAAUGACAACAGGCACGGCACUCGGUGUGCAGGUGAAGUGGCAGCAGUGGCCAACAACGGUGUCUGUGGUGUGGGUGUGGCUUACAACGCCCGAAUUGGAGGGGUGCGCAUGUUGGAUGGCGAGGUGACUGAUGCAGUAGAGGCUCGUUCGCUGGGCUUGAACCCCAACCACAUCCACAUCUACAGCGCCAGCUGGGGCCCUGAAGACGAUGGCAAAACCGUGGAUGGGCCAGCCCGUCUCGCUGAAGAGGCCUUCUUUCGGGGAGUUAGCCAGGGUCGCGGGGGGUUGGGCUCCAUCUUCGUCUGGGCCUCGGGGAACGGGGGCCGGGAGCAUGACAGCUGCAACUGUGACGGCUACACCAACAGCAUCUACACCUUGUCCAUCAGCAGCGCCACGCAGUUUGGCAACGUGCCCUGGUACAGUGAGGCCUGCUCCUCCACGCUGGCCACCACCUACAGCAGUGGCAACCAGAAUGAGAAGCAGAUUGUGACAACUGAUUUGAGGCAGAAGUGCACAGAAUCUCACACGGGCACCUCAGCUUCUGCCCCGUUGGCAGCUGGCAUCAUUGCUCUCACCCUGGAGGCCAAUAAGAACCUCACCUGGCGGGACAUGCAGCACCUGGUGGUGCAGACCUCAAAGCCAGCCCACCUCAAUGCUAAUGAUUGGGCCACCAACGGUGUGGGCCGGAAAGUGAGCCAUUCGUAUGGCUACGGGCUGUUGGAUGCAGGUGCCAUGGUGGCCCUGGCUCAGAACUGGACAACAGUGGCCCCCCAGCGGAAGUGCAUCAUUGACAUCUUGGUGGAACCCAAGGACAUUGGCAAACGGCUAGAGGUGCGCAAGUCUGUGACGGCGUGCCUGGGCGAGCCCAACCACAUCACCCGGCUGGAACAUGCUCAGGCACGGCUCACCCUGUCUUACAACCGCCGUGGUGACCUGGCCAUCCACCUUGUCAGCCCCAUGGGCACCCGCUCCACCUUACUGGCUGCCAGACCCCAUGACUACUCCGCUGAUGGGUUUAAUGACUGGGCUUUCAUGACAACUCAUUCCUGGGAUGAGGACCCCUCUGGCGAAUGGGUCCUAGAGAUUGAAAACACCAGCGAAGCCAACAACUAUGGGACGCUGACCAAGUUUACGCUCGUACUAUAUGGCACAGCUCCUGAGGGGCUCGCUACACCUCCUGAAAGCAGCGGCUGCAAAACCCUCACCUCCAGCCAGGCCUGCGUGGUGUGCGAGGAAGGCUUCUCAUUGCACCAGAAAAGCUGUGUCCAGCAGUGCCCACCAGGCUUCACACCCCAAGUCCUCGAUACACACUACAGCACUGAGAAUGAUGUGGAGAUCAUCCGUGCCAGCGUCUGCACCCCCUGUCACACCUCAUGUGCCACAUGCCAGGGCCCAGCUCCCACAGACUGCCUCAGCUGCCCCAGCCAUGCCUCCCUGGACCCUGUGGAGCAAACCUGCUCCCGGCAAAGCCAGAGCAGCCGAGAGUCUCGGCCUCAGCAGCAGCCUCCCGCACUGCACCCAGAGGUGGAGGUGGAGCCCCGGCUGCAGGCUGGGCUGCUCCCCUCUCAUUUGCCUGAGGUGGUGGCCGGCCUCAGCUGCGUUUUCAUCGUGCUGGUCUUCGGUACCGUCUUCCUGGUCUUGCAGCUGCGCUCUGGCUUAAGCUUCCGGGGAGUGAAGGUGUACACCAUGGACCGCGGCCUCGUUUCCUACAAGGGGCUGCCCCCAGAAGCCUGGCAGGAGGAGUGCCCGUCUGACUCAGAAGAGGAUGAGGGCCGGGGCGAGAGGACCGCCUUUAUAAAAGACCAGAGCGCCCUUUGACGAGCCCACUCCCACCCCAUCAAAUUGAUCCCUUCCUCGGGCACUUUUUAAUUCACCAAAGUAUUUUUUUAUCUUGGGACUGGGUUUGGACCCUAGUUGGGAGGUAAGAGGGGCAGACACUGCUUCCUACCCCACCCUUGGGCCUACCUGUUUGCCUGAGGUGGGGACCCAGGAGCCUCACCCCCUCCCACCCCUCCACGUGGAGAAGGAGUAAAAUCUUUAGGGCAGCUUCCAAGGCCCAGCUGGAGUUCUGUGGAGUGAAGAGGGGCGGCCUUUCUCGGGGUCCUGAUCGCUGCAGCCCUACCCGUUCCUGCCCCUCAGAAAGCAAUAAUGGUCCCCAUCCAGGCAACAGGGAGGCCGGCCAGGAGGUACUGAAGACGGCGGCCACCUCUCCAAGGGCUUUUGCAUCCCCUGACCCUCAAGCUCAUGGGUGAGCCUCCACAGCCGCUGCAGUUGUAGGAAGGGACCAAAGCAAAGCAGGCGCUGUCCAGCUCCACCGUGCCCACCCUUACAUGCCCUCAGCCUGCCUCUGCACUCCAGGCCGAGCUGGGCAGGCACGGGCCAAACUAAAGCUCUGGGGGCCUUACGCUGGUGUCUUGACAUCCUGUCGAUGACACCUUCCCCCCCCCCCUGCCAGGGCCCUGUUUUCUGAGCCCGGGGCUGCCUGGGCUGGGCACUCACAGUACCGGAGCCCCUUGGGUGGGUGAUGGGAAGGGACGGUGGCCUAGCCGGCCCCUCCCGCCUCCCACCCGAUGCUGCUUUCCCCUGUGGGGAUCUCAGGAGCUGUUUGAGGAUAUAUUUUCACUUUGUGAUUAUUUCACUUUAGAUGCUGAUUUUUGUUUUUGUAUUUUUAAUGGGGGUAGCAGCUGGACCAUUGACCUCCUCACACCCAUGCCCACCCUGCCUUUCCCAUGGCUGCCCAGCCCUGAGGUAGAGGGGCCUGCAGCAUAUUGCUGAGGAGUAGGGAAUAACUAAGCCCCGUGCCGUGAAGAGGCAGGCUGGCCAGGUGGGCUCUAGGAAAGUGGGUUAUGGUAAGGGGGGUAGACUGACAUCUGUGUUUCAAAUGGGGUUGUGCCAAGGGCUUAUGGGUCGCUGGCUCUCCAGUGCCAGGGGUGGGCAGGUGGCGGCACCAAGCCCUUUCUAACACUGUGCCCUGGUGGAGAAAGCAUAGCCUAUGAUGCCCCCCAAGCCCUCUCUUCUGAUGUGCCUUUUGCACCCCUCCCAUUAGGACAAUCAGUCCCCUCCCACCUGGGACCCCCUUUUUCUUUUCCCUAGCUUUUCCUCUGGUACCCAGCCUACCUGCCCAGGGGUGCCCCUUCUGCCCACCCCUCAUGGCCAUCCCGGCUGGUUUUGUAAGAUACUGGGUUGGUACACAGUGAUUUUUUUUCCUUGUAAUUUAAACAGGCCUGGCAUUGUUGGUUCUAUUUAAUGGACACAAGAUAAUGUUAGAGGUUUUAAAGUGAUUAAACGUGCAGACUAUGCAAACCAA